AUGGCCUCAGAACGCAGGUCGCCAGACGAGGAGUGGGAGUACGAAUACGACGAGAACGAGACUGAGGUCUUUCUUAUUGAUCUGGAUCUAACCACCGUCAAUCGCACAAUCAGAUCAACUACGGCAAACCGCCACAAGAAAUUGAAGGAGAUAUCGGACAAGCCUGCUUCAAAGCGGAGGAAAUUAUCAGCAAAAUCAGGAAACGAUGCAACUGUUGACGACCAGGCCGAAGUAAUUCAAGACAGAAACGACGACCAACCUGAACAAGAGCACCUAGACCCAGAGCAAAAUUCACCCAGCUUGGGCGAAGGUCAAGAUGAUACUAUGUCCCGACAGCACACCUUGCAAGUAUUAGAUUUGCAUACUGCCAACCCCAUCGUAUCCUACCAGGGCCAAAUUUUCAGCUGCAAAUGGACAGACAUGAUGGGUACGACAAUGUUCUUCAGUCAGGACCAAGAUACACCACUGUCUGAGCCUCUACUAUCUACAUCUGACUUUGACAUGAUCGGUACCUCUCGAAUCAAGCUUGUCGGGACGGCUGCUAAAGUCACUCCAGCACCACAGACCAGCCAGGAGAACAACAAAGCGAACGUGCCUCGUCCGGGCCAAAGCCUCGGCACAAUCAGAAGGACAAACGCAAAGCUUAAUGCAGACCUUCGUAAACAGGCCAGUUUUCUCGAGCAGCUAAUGAAAAUCAAGAAGAAUCGUGGCGAGAGUGAUAAUGUGUUGGUUGCUGUGAGCGACAAGAUGUCGGUUGCAGGUCAGAUCGCCUCAACGGCCUCUGUGCAGCCUGAAGAAAUUAAAGAACUGAACAGAAAAGCAGUCAGAGGUGAUGGUGAAGCAUUUCGAAAGCUUGAAAAAAUGUAUCUUGCUCGGUGUCCAACCAAUGACCGGUCUCUGCAGGACGGCACACCUGAUGCUCCAGCAAUACCACAGAAUACGUCUUCGCAGCUUGAGCUGCAUGAUACUGAUGCUGAACAUGAGAUUGACGUGGAAGUUGACGUUCAAUCCGGAAUGAUUACAGCUGAUGUUUCCAGUAGACUCCAAAGUCCAAAUUAUGUUCCGCCUCUUGGCCCAAAUCCCGAAGUAGCAAACAACGACAAUGGUUGA